AUGGAUUCAGAAAAAGGUAACAAUUCCAACCCAAGCCCUGUCAUGACUAAAUCAGUUAAGGGUGUAGAAAACUCAAGUCCACUAGAGAUUAAAGCAACGAUACCCAAAUUAAUCACAAUCGGUGAUUGCUCCACCGUCUCUUACGCAAGCACCACCUUCUUUGAUCCUCAAUUCAACCUCAAACAGGGAGUUUUCGCUCCAAUCACACAUUUCAUCAUCAACUCGACCGGUGUUCAAUUUCACCGUUUCACCCAAGAUCAAUCAUAUGGCGAUAGAUAUCAAACUUAUAAAGACGAGACAUAUCCUGGUGCCAACGGCGAAUGGAGGGAUUUGCCUGAGAUAGAGCUGUCAACGCUUCCUUCUAUUAUUACGGUUGUGGUGGACAGUAGCAUUACGAAUCAGUUAUAUGUGAUAGAGCUCAUUCUAGAUGAUCAACAAUAUUUCCGGAAGCUGAGGGAUUUGUUUAGAGUAUGUGAAGAUUUGGAGAUUUAUGAUGACCUUCACAUAAUAUACAAAACUGUCAAACAGAUCAUCCUCAGUAGUCCAUAG